AUGCAGCUCUCAUUCUCAGCAAUCGCCAUCCUUUUGGCCUUCGCCGUCAACCACGCUACGGCCGACUCGCACCAGAAUCUUGUUUGUGUCAGAACCUACCCCGACAACAACAGUGCAGAGAACCUUGAGGCCACACGAUGUGCCUGCGAUUGGCUCAAGAAGAACGGCAAAUGCGACGACUGCACUAUCUGGGAGAACCGACUCUGCCAUUCGGAUGCCAAGUCUCUGGACGGAAAUGAGUUUGAGGACGCAUGCGUUAGGAAAUGCCCUAACCUUGGCGCUACUGGCUCGUCUAUCCCCCCUGCUUGA